AUGGCAGUAAAAAUGCGUGUGCCCCCACUCUCUUGUACGGUCACCACAUCCAUCCAUUCUACAGAGAUGAAUGAAGCACAUUUGGAGCUCUCUUCAAGUUGGAUUUCGUCUUUUACUGAUUCUCUGUGUGUGUUAUCAAAGACUACCUAUCAAUCUGGAGUCGGCACAUAUGCACACUCUUUCGAUGCUGUCGUUAUACGCGUGCAGUGCAGCUUGCUGCACGUUGCUCUUCUGGUGCACGUUGAUGGCACACGGAGUGGACGAUGGCACAAGCAACUGCUGCCUUCCUUAUCAAAUUAUUUUUAG